AUGACAUGAACAUUUUGAGUGCAAGUUACCUUUAGAGAAGACCUUCUAUUUACUGACAUCUGAUAAGAUCUGACAUAUGCAAAUAGAAUAACAUUUCAUCUAUUUAGCACUAGGAAAUAACAUCAAAAUGCCCAACAAAAAUAAAUCAACAACUCAAAAUAUUUCCAGUGAACCACCAACGGAGGAAAAGUUGUACACUGGAUACUUGCACAAGUCCCCAUUUCUCUCAAAAGGCAUGAAAUCAUGGAAGAAACGUUUGUUUGUACUUUCUAAGACGGGUGAGAAAUAUCAUCUGUUUUACUACAGAAACCAUGAUAAGAAGGGGAAGAUAGACCUUUCAAGGGUCAGUAAAAUUGGUACAUGUCCCGAGGACCAUCAGAUGUGGAACUGGAUCCAGGAAAACUUCAAGUGUUCGUCUGCUUCCGUGCUGCUUCUGAGGGUGGAAGACUUCAUGCCAAAACAUGCAAGAGAAUAUUUUCUCAUUGGAGAAAACAGUGAGGAGGUGGAUCAAUGGAUUAAGGAGUUACUAAAAGUUUUGAAAACUCAAACAUCAGAAAAUACAGUGCAAGUAACAGAUGACAGUCUUCAGCAGAAGAACAGAUCAAUAUCUGCACCUUUACCCAACUCUGAAGAUUGUGAUGAAGAGUUGGUUAGGAAUAGAAGUCGUAUGGAAAAAUGCCUCUCUGAGCAGUCAGACUCUCUAUGUAUAUUCACUUUCAAGCCAAUGAUGGGCGAUGUUUCUGACAAGUUAAGUGAUAUAACACUUAGUGAUGAUGACAGUGAUGAUAUGGAGGAACAGCCAGAAACCACAGAGGACAGUGCAUACAUAGAUAUGGCAUCAGUGCGUAAGGCAUUCCAACAGGAAGAGGAGGAUCGCCUUGAGACAAAUGAAAGCGCUGAUUCUGUUGAUUCCAGCCAAGACUUGUGUAAUGCUGUACACAACAAGGAUAAAGAAAGACCAAUGCCACGUGCAGCGCUGAGGCGUCCGAAGGGCUCUAUUUCGGAAAUGAAUGGAAAUUGUGUCUCUACUGACAUGAAUGAAGUACUUCUAAACAAGAGAGAAACACUAGCACUUGUUGAGACGGAGAUCAGCAUUACAAGAAAUGAUCUCGAUACAAGUUUGAUCUUCACAGAGGAAGACGGAAAACUACGUGUGUCUGAAUGUAAGCAGACUGAGAGUUUGUUCCAUAAGGGAGAUCAGAUCCUGGCCUUCAAUGACGUGCUGAUAGACUCAGUGGAGGAGAUACAGAAAUUCACAAAAAGGCUUAGCAAGGAUGAGGCAAAACUGACUGUUCUGAGACAGCCUGGAUCCGAGCCUCUCCACCUUCCUCCUAAAACUACCAUAGGAACGUGCACACUGCGAGUGCAAGAUAACAGAAGACACUGUGUGACAUCUGCUAAGGACUUAAGCAACAGCAUCCAAAUGUUCACCAAACAAAGAUCAACACCGACUGCAAAAUUUUACAAUAAUAAUGAACCAUCAAAGGUGGAAGAGUUGUACAGUGGAUACAUGCACAAGUCCCCUGCUUUCACUGGCAUUACUAAAGGAAAGGGCAAAGCAUGGAAACGCCGUUUCUUUGUACUUUACAAGAUGGGCGAGGACACCUAUCAUCUGGCAUACUACAGAAACAACGAGAAGAGGGAGAAGCCUUUGAGGAAAAUAGACCUUUCCAAAGUCGAUUUGAUUUUUUCACGCCCUGAGAAUCAUCAGAUGUGGGACCAUAUCCAGAAAACGUUCAAGUGUCCGUCCGCUUCCGUGCUGCGUCUGAGGGUGGUAGACUUCAUGCCAAAAUGUCCAAGAGAUUAUUUCCUCAUUGGAGAAAACAGUGAGGAGGUGGAUAAAUGGGAGAAGGAGUUAUUGAAAGUUAUAAAGACUUUAGGGAAUAAAGUGCAAGUAAAAGAUGACGGUCUUCAAAAGGGAAGCAGAUUAAGAGCAAUAUCUGAGCCUAUACCUAAGUCUCCACCUUAUGAUGAAGGGAUGAAGGCAAAUGACCUUAACCCCUUUCGGCUGUCUGCACCCACAUUCGCUUUCCGGACAACGCCAGAGAGCCAUUAUGCUGUUCCCAGCAACUUUCCAAGUUAUGCACCAUGCAAGGAAGAUUUUUGCAGUGAUGAUGACGAUGAAGAUGACACAGAAGAAAAUACAGAGGACGGCGAUAUAUACAUGAAUAUGGCGUCAGUCCAAGAGGUGUUGGCUAGAGGUGUGAAGAAUGACUUCGAAGAGGAUGCAUGUUUUCAGACAAAUACCCCUACAGUCACAAAAGCUGUUGAGUCCAGCCAGGAUUUGUGUAACGCUGCAGACAAUCAGAAGAAGGAGAGUUCAAUGAGAAAAAACAGUGCAGAGCUGAGGUGUUCGAAGGGCUCUCUUUCAGACUUUAAUGGCAAUUUUGCUUCUACUGAGAUAAACAAGAGCGAAACACAGGAACCGGUUGAGAAGGAGAUCUAUGUUAAGCUUAAUGACCUGCGUGGAAGUUUGAUAUUCACACAGGAACAAGGAAAACUAUGUCUGUCUGAAUGUAAGAAGAAUGAGACCUCACAUAUGUUCCAUAAGGGGGAUCAGAUCGUGGCAUUCAAUGACCUGUUGAUAGACUCAGCGGAGGAGAUACAGGAAUACAUUAAAAAGCUUAGCAAGGAUGAGGUUAAACUGACGAUUCGACGGUAUCUGGGAUCCCAGCCUUUCCAUGCUGUAUCCUUUUCAACCACCUGAAACAAAACGACACGCUACAAUGAAGAGUUUCUUCUUGGAAUGAUUUGUAAAAUCGUCACUUUGACAGAAAACAGAAAUUAGGACAUUAGCAGAUCAUCAUACAGCACCGACUAAUCUUCUGUAUCUUAUGUAUUAAGAUAUAACAAUAUAUAAAGUCGCAAUGCAAUCUAACAGGAAAAUUUGAAGUGUUUUACACAGUGUUGCAGUGAUUAUUAUAAAUGAUUUAUCUUAUCACACCAUUGUCACAACAAACCAAUCAAAAUGGGAAGGAGGUAAAUAAACCUCCGCCCUACCUUUAUCAAAUUUCAGAAGCCGUUUCACUCGGAUACACAUCAUGAUGUGGAAAAGAGGUCAAUCGAAACUUCUGUUGCAUUGUGACUUUAAAUGAUAGUAAAUUAUAGUGACCAUAAACUGUAUAUAAAGUAUGAAGAUAAAAUUAUAGGAGACUGGUGAUGGGUAAACUGUAUGUCUAUGUGACCAUGAGGCACAAAAUAAUAAAAUAAACAAGUAUUACACUGACAUAUGUAGGAAAAUCAACUGUGAAAACGUUUGACUUCUUUAAAGCUGCACUUUUCUUUUUAAUACACUGAGACACUUUAAUGUUUGUAUGCACAUGUUUCAUUCUGUAUUUUGUUUUGUUGCCCAAAAAUCAUAUACUGUGGCAUUUUG